UACACUCACGUUUUUGCAUUAAACAUAUAUAAAUAUAUAUAUUUAGUAAAAAUUUAUUAAAAUAAAAAUUCUACGUUUUGCGACAAUGGAGGAAGAUAAAUCAAAAUCGAAUAGUAAAAUACUGUGGAUGAAAAAAUUUUGCGCGCCAAUCGCCAUGUAUAUUUCGCCUCUAAUCUUUUUUAUCCUACUUGAGUACAAGAAUGUUGGAACCUAUUUGCAAGAUGCGUUGGCAAUUUUAUGGAUGGCAUCAACUUGUAUUGCAGCAUAUCUUCUGUUCAUUGCAUUUUUAUAUUUCGAAGUGAGAAGUGUGAGAUCCAAGCAAUGUCUCAACAUUUUGCUGUUUUCACUGUGUACGAUUGUUGUUGCUCUCUCAAUUUUAAUUUCAAUCAAAUUAUUAAGAAAUAUUAAAAGCAACGUUUCUUGGUUUUGGUUGCUGAGCGCAAUGCUAGUUUGCAUAACCAUUAUCCACCUGCUAACGAAUCUGUUCAUUCAUAUGAACUUGAUUUUUGAUGAAAUUUUCAAGAGAAAACAAAAUCGUUUUCGUUGGAUUGCCAAAAUGAGGCCAUUUUUAGAGUCUGUCAAUUUCAUUGCGUCAUUACUACUAAUCUACGUAGUCGGUUUUUUUCAAUAUUUUUUUGAUGUUUUAAUGUUCUACACAAAUUUAAUGGUUUUUGUUCAUUGUAUUUUAAAGAAAACGCAAUUUCCGGCCAUAAGAGACCAAUUUUCGAUUAGAAUAAAAAGUAAACUAAUAGAAUUUACAACAAAUGGGAUAAAAUUAAAUUUUAUGACAAUCACGAUAGUAUCGUUUUUGAAAACUUAUACUCCCCUAAUAUGUAUGGCGUUUAUAUACCAAACUUCAUCCUCCUUUCAUCGAGCCUCCUUUGAAUUCAAAUUCCACAUGAACAACGAGAACUUCAACCCGUAUUUGUUAAUUCCAUUCUAUUUGUACAUCAACGAUAUAUUUUUACCAGCGUAUGAACUUUUCCUGGUAGAUAAAUGCUUUGAGCCUGUUCAGCUUCAACUGAAAGAAAAUGAAACGGUUACGGUGACUGCAAAAAACUUUAAAAUUAUAUUACAUAAGCCAAUACAGCAAAAGCCACGACUAUACAUGUAUUUCUAUUCAAUUUUUGUUAGGCAUUUUAAAUUUUUUGGUUUUAUUCUAUUAUCUAAAUUUAUGUAUUAUUCAUUCGUAUGGUCGGAAGAAAGCGAUUGAAAGAAAUGGCCAAAGUCACCUUUGAACUUUUGGUAGUGUGAAAUCUGAGUGUGUUUUAUAAUCAUUUUCAUGAAUAAUUUUUUUUUGAUUUGAAGUUCUUUUGAAGUAAUCAAACUGUAAUAAGAUUUUCAAGUCAUGGCUUGUACGAGAGAGUUGACGGGUCUGGUGUUGUAGAGGGGCCCGAGUUUAGUCAUGCCUCAUAGUUCGUUUUGAAAACUUGGGUCAUUUAAGAAAAAAAAUACACUUGGUAAUUCUCUUCAGAAGGCUAAUUCGGAAUGUUUUUAAAAUGAAUACUUUUUUUAUUCAAGAUUUGUGAAAAUCGGUAUUGGAGGGUUUUUGGCAUGAGAAAGCCGAAUCCGGCGUUUAUUUUGCGAUAAAAUAACGUUUGAAUGCACUUUCCAUACAACAAAUGGCAAAAAUGGUCCUAAAAUCCAAUUUUUCUAUACAAAGUAUGCUUUUUUGGCCUUGAAAUGUCUAAAAUAGCGUACAAAUCGACUAAAAAAUAACUCGCACAAAGUUUUAUAGCAAUCGAAAAAAAUUAUGUGUCGCUCAAAUAUAAAAUACUUUAUUUUUAUUUCACAGUAUUCAGUUCAUACAAAAAAAAAUUGGGAAAUUUAUGGAUUUCAUUUAAAUUUAUGAUUGUCUUUUCUAUUUUUCAUUGAAACGUGAGUAGAAAUUUAAUUGAGUAGUGUUUUGAUUAUUCAAUUAUUUCGAUUUUGGUUCAACACCAGACCCGUCAACUCUCUCGUACAAGCCAUGACUUGAAAAUCUUAUUACAGUGUCAUAAGUAGUGUGAAUUUCAUAUUUUAAACUUCAUUUCAACGAUACGGGUGUCUAUAUAAAUUGUACUGAACUUCAAAUAUUAAUGCCAAAUAGAUCAGUUUAUUGAUGAGUAAAUAAAAUGGUAAAAAAUA